AUGGCUGCUGCUAGAUUCAUUCGCCAGCCGCCUUCUCCUCCUCAUUCGGCCGACGGCGAACCGAUCCCAGACGCACAGAUGGACCCUUGCGGUCAGAUUCAUCCGUUAUAUGCCCACCCAGAUUCUUUUGCUGGUGUAUACCCUAAUCAUCCCGAGAUGCAACAAGUGUCUUAUGGCUCUCCGCCGUACUACACCGAAAAUGACUAUCGACUCAUGCCAAUGCAGCAUCCGAUGGUAACCCACGGGAUGCAGGUCAAUACUCCCCCACCUACCUCUGAUGAUGGAAUGGCGUCUGGCAGUCUGGAGCCCAACUCGCCGGAAUGGGCGUCUCCUCGUUCCAGACCAUCUCCCCUUAAGACGAGAGUCGCGAGGCCGGUCAAGGCCAAGCGCAGGACGGGCAAAGCGACGGAUCGAAAGGCCAAGCCCAAGAUGUCCGGGCCCCUGAGCGAAAUCACCCACCAUUUGACCCAUGUUCCUGUCCGGGACAUGGAGGAAUGGGUCCGUCGACCGAUCGAGGUCCGUCACCAGGAAGUGAUCAAGAGGAAUGGCAAGAUUGCUCGGCCCAUGAACUCGUUUAUGCUCUACCGGUCUGCCUAUGCGGAGAGAGCCAAGGAGUGGUUUUCUCAAAACAACCAUCAGGUGGUGUCGACUGCUGCCGGUGAUAGCUGGAAGAUGGAGCCCCGGGAAGUUCGUGAAAAGUACGAGCGUCUGGCAAGCAUUGAGAAGAACAAUCACCUCAAGGCACACCCGGGAUACAAGUUCACCCCAUCCAAGGUGGAUAAGGAGAAGAGGAACAGACAGUCUUUGGUAGGAGACGACCGGCCCGAACUGUCUGUUCAAGAUCACACCCCCGCCUCUAGUCCAUUCUUCCACAAUCGCGGCAUGAGCUCCGAUGUCGACAGCAGCGGCUGGAAGAGUCGCGACUCGACCCCCUUUGACAUUCAAGACCACGGUCUUCCCAUGGGUAGUUAUAUUAGCUCGUCCUGGCCGACGAGCACUCCCUCUAGCAGGUCGGUUCCUGGCAUCAUGGCUUCCCCGGAGCCGGCAGCGCACUACCUCCACUCAUCGGUCCAUUCCGGCAUGGUGGGCCACGUGGAGGACCUUGGACUCAGAAAGUUCGAUAUGCAGGAGCUCCAGUAUGCAUCAUCCAACGCUCUGGCUGGGCUUCCGGGAGCUGCCCAUCACGAUCUUCUUCAACAGACCUCCGUCGCCGCGCCGGGGACAAACGGAGGCCAGAUGGACCCUCAACUGCUGAGCAUUCAUCCCAACGAGGAGGGGAGCCCAGUUUUUUCUCAACCCCAGUACAUGUGGCCAGAGGGACCAAAUAACUAUCUCCCUGCCACCGCACCGAUGGAGCCCGGCUCCGUCCAGUAUCCCGUGUCAGCGGCCUAUCAACCGGGGAUGCAGCCGAUGGUGCAUCACGAGGCCGGCCUGGACGCAUCUGGCGACUUUGACCAAUGGAUCAACCCUCAUGGAAACGGAUAUUAA